AUGUCAGCAUACAUCGAUACGAUCCUCCAGAAUCCGCAAUAUGCGGUUCUUUCCGCAAUUUCCCUCAUCACAAUCUUAGUCGUCAACUUUUCGUUCUUGACUAAAGACGAGAAAUAUCCAUUUCUUAUCCCCAAGAAACCUUUGGAACUAAGCGAUAGGCGUGUGGUCAAGGAGUUCCUCGCCAACAGCAAGAGUCUCCUUGCAAACUCGCGAAAAGUCUAUAAGGAUCAGCCAUACAGGGCUUACACCGAGAUAGGCAAGCUACUGGUUAUUCCUCCCUCGUGGGUCGAGGCCUUGAAAAGUAACCGACAACUCGACUUUCUCAUACCCACUAAAGAUGACGCUCAUCAAUAUAUCCCCGGGUUCGACCCCUUUGGAUUCGAUCCUAAAAUGCCGACUGUCAUCAACAAGUAUAUUACAAAGGCCUUGACGAAGAUAACUGGUCCUGUCUCUGAGGAAUCCGCUUUAGCAAUCCGCGACUGUCUCACUGACUCAAAGGAAUGGCACGGUGUUAAGCCCCAGGAAGACCUCAUCCGCAUCGUCUCCCGCGUAUCCUCCCGAAUCUUCAUGGGUGAAGAGCUCUGCCGCGAUGAGGAGUGGACCAGAGUCUCAAGCGAGUACACCCUCAUGAGUUUUGGCUACGGCCACAUUCUGCGUACAUACCCCCGAUGGCUUCGACCAUACAUCCACUGGUUCCUCCCUCAGUGCCGGGCUAUCCGUGCAAAAUUGAACGAGGCGCGUCAAUGCCUGAAGCCUCAUAUCGAUCGCCGAAACGCUAUCAAGCAGAAGGCACUGGCUGAAGGGAAACCGUGUCCUUUUGAUGACUCCCUUGAAUGGUUUGAGAGGGAGUAUGAGAAGCAUGAUCCGGCGAAAGAGCAGAUUGCUGUUUCGAUCGUUGCGUACCAUACCACAUCCGACUUACUCGCUGAGACGCUUCUUAACCUUUGUCAGCAUCCUGAGCUGUUUCAGGAGCUGAGGGAGGAGAUUAUCACGGUCUUGACUGCUGAAGGGGGCUUGACUAAGGGGGCGAUGUACAACCUGAAGUUGAUGGACAGCGUGGUCAAGGAGUCCCAAAGACUACGACCAAUUCUACUCGGUGCAUUCAGGAGAACAGCCACGGCAGAUGUCACGCUUCCCAAUGGCGACAUGCUAAAGAAGGGCGAAAAGAUCAUCGGGAAUAUGUCGCACAUGUGGGAUUCCGACACUUACGACAACGCACUUACCUUCGACCCCUAUCGCUUUGUGAAGAUGCGUCAGACAGGCGAUGACAGGAAAGCCCAUCUCGUCAGCACCAGCACCGAACAUCUUGGUUUCGGGCAUGGUAUCCACGCAUGUCCUGGACGCUUCUUUGCCGCCAAUGAGAUCAAGAUCUUGCUGUGUCAUCUGUUACUCAAGUAUGACUGGAAGCUGCCAGAGGGUUGCAAGCCGCAACCAUAUUUCUCUGGAUUUAAGCUGCUUGGCGAUUUUUCUUCGGAUAUACUGGUUCGACGUCGAACUGAGGAGUUGGACAUUGAUUCUCUUUCCCAAUCAUAG